UCGCUAUCUUUUCCUUUUCUCUUCUUUCUUCGUCCAAAGCUAUAAGCUUGGCUGUCAACAAAUUCACACUCUUCUGUUUACAAAACUUAAUAAUUUCUCAGAAAUGGCGGUUGCGUCCAUGAGUUUCAACAUAGUCGGAGCUUUCAGAGGGCUGUCUCUCCGCCCAACAUCCACCUCCAGCUCGUCCUCCUCCUCCUUCUUCAGAGGCGAUUUGGGUUCUCUGCAACUGGGUCCCAAGCUGUCGUUAGCGUCGUCGGGCCCACAGAGACUUCCAUUGACGAUUCAAAACGCGCACAAGAAAGGAGCUGGGAGUACCAAGAACGGACGUGAUUCCAAAGGCCAGAGGCUCGGCGUCAAGAUUUACGGCGACCAGGUCGCCAAGGCUGGCUCCAUCAUUGUCCGCCAGCGUGGCACCAAGUUCCAUGCGGGGAAGAAUGUGGGGCUCGGCAAGGACCACACCAUAUUCUCUUUGAUUGAUGGCAUGGUUAAAUUUGAGAAGUUUGGACCCGACAAGAAGAAGAUUAGUGUUUACCCUCGAGAAGUCCAGCCGGAGAACCCCAACAGCUACCGGGUUAAAAAGAGGGAGAACUUCAGGCUACAGCGUGAACGUAAGAAAGCGAGAAAGGAAGGCUACAUCCUUCAAAACAAACCCGAGCUACUACUUGCUUCUGCUGGUGCUGCAGAUGCCAAUCCAGUUUGUUAAUUUCUCGAUUCUAUGUUGAGCAAUCUUGCAGUUGCGUUUGCCUUGCUUUUCCUUUUCCCUUUUGUAAAAUUUUAUAAGAACACUUUCGCCGGAAAAUCUCAAGUCAUGUAUUGAGUUUGCAAUUUAGUA